GCCGUGCGCAGGCGCGUAGCUUUUCCAUGUGUGCUCAGGCCGUCAGCCCGGUCCAGCUUAGGAAGGACACCAGGUAGUGCCGGAGACUGAAGUGUUCGUUGGGCCCGGCGGCCCCCAUCGUCUGUUGCUGUCUUCCUCUCCCGGUCUCUCCUCGCGGCCUCUGUCGCCAUGGGUAAGAGUCGGACGAAGCGCUUCAAGAGACCUCAGUUCUCCCCUACUGGUAGCUGUCAGGCCGAGGCGGCGGCCGUGGCGAACGGGACCGAAGAUGAGGAGGACGACGGGCCAGCGGCGGAGCUUCUGGAAAAGCUCCAGCAUCCGAGCGCCGAGGUCCGCGAGUGCGCCUGCGCGGGGCUGGCCCGGCUGGUGCAGCAGCGGCCGGCGCUGCCAGACUUGGCGCGCCGCGAUGCUGUCCGCCGGCUCGGGCCGCUGCUGCUGGACCCCAGUCUGGCGGUCAGGGAAACGGCGGCUGGAGCUCUGAGGAAUCUCAGUGCUUGUGGAGGUUUUGAAGUCUGUGAUGACAUGGUGGCUAAGGACAUCAUGACCCCUCUGGUGGCACUGCUGAAAGAGUGUAGCGCUGGACUGGAUUCAAAUGAGAUGUCUCCACAGGAGAAAACUGAUACGAACAGAAAUUCCAUUGAGAGCAUAGCCAACGAGGCUGUGAAUGUGCUGUGGAAUAUAUGUGAAUGCAGUAGUAGAGCAGUGUCUAUAUUCAACAAAGAAGGGUGUUUGGAGAUUGUGUUAAAGUUCUUGCAUAGGUUCCCCACCAGUGUUGACCUGGCUGUUUCCGUAGCAUAUUGCUUACAGACAGUAACUGAAGAGAACCCAGAGCUCCUGAAGUCUUUUGAUGGCACAGCUCUGCGUGCGCUAGAGUCUGCUUUGCUUUGUCCUGUCACCUCGAUGGAGUACAUUCUGCUAAAGACUCUGGUGGCAGGCACAAUGUGGAACCUAAAGGACAUUAUUCCAUCUAAGAGUCAGGCAGAAAUCAUAAAUGCCAUACUGAAGAUCUUGUCUGAAGUUCUGGAAGUGAAUGGUGCUGACACAGUUAUUCAGAUGAAAGAGGCCGAAGCCCAGCGGUUAAAGACUGCUGCAGAGACUGAGGACGUACUAGCAAAUGCUAAUGGUGAUGAUUUGGUCGAAGAUGAUGAAAUGGAAGAAAUUCCUCGUAAAAGAAAACUUAGAAAGAAGACAUUUAUUUCUGAUUUACUUCCAUCUACUGACAAGGAGCUGAGAGAGACCAUAGCAUUGCUGACAGCUCAGCAGACUGCUCUGGAAAUCAUUGUCAACAUGUGCUGCAGUGAAGAUCCCUCUGAUGAUGAGUGGGAAGAACUUUCUAGUAGUGAUGAAAGUGAGGCCUUUAUGGAAAGCUCCUUCAAUGAGUGCAGUGGGCAGCUGCUGUCCCCAUUGUGCCUGUCCCAUGAGAUUCACACUGCCCUGACCAACUGCCUCAUCCCAAAAAAGGUUUUUGAGAAAACCGCUUCACCAAACAGUGUUGCCAUUGACAUAUGUUCUAGGAACCCUACUUGGAAACCUUUGAUUAAGAAAUUGAACACUAUUCAGUGUAGAGCCCUUAUGUGUCUCCAGAGUCUUGUGUCUCUCCUGGACAUGGACCAUCUUGGUGGAGCCCCAGCUCUUCAGAUACUUGUACAGCACUUGUCAGAACUUCUUUUUUCUCAGCCAGAUUUUGCCAAACAAGCUGAUUUUCUAGAAGCCAUAAGUAGUGCUUUGAGGGCCCUUUUGCAAACAAUGGCCGCCAAAAACAUUCCACAGUGUAUGACACCUGAGCAGCUGAUGACGCUAUGCAGAGCAGGCAUUCAUAGUAGCAGCAUCGGGGUGAGAGUGAAUGUGGUCAGUAUUUUGGGGAUCACUGGCAGCGUCCUAGCCAAAGAAAAUGGCACACUUGAAACUCUUAAGACCAUUGGGUGCUUUCUGUUGGAAGUUGCCACCAAAGACCCUUCCCUCGUGGUAACAGGAGAGGCUUUGGAUGCCCUCUUUGACGUUUUUGCAGAUGGUGAAGAAGCUGAAAAGGCCUCAGUUCAAAUUAAAUUGUUAUCAGCUUUGAAAGAAUUCCAGCCAGUCUUCAAGAUGAAGAUACGGAAAGAGGGCAGGGGCAAAUACAGUCCAGAUCAGCUGUGUGUUCUUGACAACGUGAAGAUGAACUUGAGACGGUUUGUUGCUUACCAGGAGACUGUUGAGAAAAGACUGACUUCUUAAACCAUCAUUAGGAGGACCAGAGCUGGGGUUGGCUCAGCAGCUGCAAGCCUGGCUGGCAUGCACGUUUUUCUCAAAACCCAAAGCUCUUUUGAGAAAAUAGAGUGAGAGCGAGUCUGCUUCUCCCAGAGGAUUUAACUCUAAGAAUACUAAAGGGUUUCCUUUGAAUGUCCAUGCUUCCAAAAGCCUUGUUUCUUUUUUGAGACGGUUCUCCCUAGGUAGCCCUGCCUGACCAAGAAUUCGCAGGGGUCUACUUGCCUCAGUUUCCUAAUUGCUGGGAUCUAAAGUAUUCAACACACCUGGCCUACAAAGGCAAUUUUUUAAAGCCUCUGUUUUGUAUAAUAGUUUGAAGUUGAGAACCUGCAGGAAAUGUGUGCUCUGACCAGAAAUCUCUGGCCUUCUGUUCCAUUUCCAGCAUAUUUUAGCCACUGAAAUGAGGAGUGGAAACACACCACAAUCUCAGGUGGUCCUGUCUUUUCCUUCUCGGUGCUAGGGCAGCAUUCAGGACCUCACUGCUGCCAGGCAAGCACUAACUACACCCCUGCCUGCAAGUGGUUCUUAAUUACUCUGUGGGCGGGCAGUGAAGAGAUGGCAGACAAUUACGUCCUUGGACUUCGUAAGAAAAGAAAUUAAGGCAUUGUUUGGAUGUUCUUUAAAGCCAGUAUCAUUUUAUAUUAACUAAAUUUUAACUGAAACAUGAAUAUAAGCUUUAUAAAACAUUUUGAUAUGAAGUACUGUAUACCUGUUAUGACUCUUGUGAAGUAAAUGACUUGAAUUUGUCAAGCUCAGAUAAUGAGCUAAAGAGGGGGUUGCACUCUGUUCAGGGAUUCUGAGCAAUUAUUCUGUAUAACUGCCCAAAACCCCAUCUUAAUUUGAUAUAGAAUCAGAAUUAGUUUAAAAAAAAAAAAAAAAGCCGGGCCUGGUGGCACAUGCCUUUAAUCCCAGCACUCGGAAGACAGAGGCAGGUAGAUUUUCAAGUUCAAGGCUAACCUGGUCUACAGAAGGAGUAGACAGGACAGCCAGGGCUACAUAGAGAAACCCUAUCUCAGAACAAAAGAAAGAAAGAAAAGAAAAGAAUUAGUAGAAAAUAUUUUUGAAUAAAUAACUUUUAACUGGAUAUUUUGUGUUCUAC